AUGAACACCGUGUUCAAGCUAAGGAUUAAUGUAAGAGGAGACUUGUUGAACAAAGGCUUCUGGGAUUCUUAUAAUGUGUGGGACUUGCAUGGAGAAGUGUUAGUUAGAGUUGACGAUGAAGUCGAAGAUGAUAGCAUUGAAGAGGAUAAUAUUACUGAUAUGAUUCACGAUGCUUGCGGAUUUAUGAAUGUGGAGGAUAAUACUAAUUCUUCUGAGGGCAAUGAAGAGCCAAAUGUGCAUGCAACAAAGUUCUACAAAUUGUUAGAAAAUGAUCAUACAGAACUUUAUCCUGGUUGCACAAAAGUCUCAAAGUUGUCUUUUGUUGUUAAAUUACUUCACUUGAAGUGUCUUAACCAUUGGAGCAACAAAUCAAUGGAUGAGUUGUUGAUCUUCUUUAAAGAAGUUCUUCCUAAGGGGUCAUUUGUACCCAAAUCUUUUUAUGAAGCGCCUAAAGUUCUUCGUGACCUAGGCUUGGGGUACACCAAAAUAGAUGCAUGUCAGAAUGAUUGUAUUCACGAUUAUGUCAAUGUCCAAUCAUGUCCGAAGUAUGGUAAAUCUAGAUGGAAGUCAGAAGGACACAAAGGCAAGAAAGUAGCUCAUAAAGUAUUGCGACAUUUUACAAUCAAACCAAGGCUUCAGCGAUUAUACAUGGCAAAAGAGACGGCAAAGAAGAUGAGGUGGCACAAGGAAGAAAAUAUUGAUGAUGAUGUCUUGCGGCAUCCAUCCGACUCAAUAGAAUGGAAAUCUUUCAAUGAGCGUCAUCCUACUUUUUCAACUAAGUUAAGAAAUGUUAGAUUAGGUUUAGCAAGUGAUGGGUUCCAACCUUAUGGGAAUAUGAGUUCCAAUCAUAGCCCUAAGUGUCCAGGCAAUGAUAUUGACGUAUACUUACAACCAAUGAUUAAAGAGUUGAAAGAACUAUGGGACGGGGUGGAGACUUAUGAUGCACACUUAAAAUCUAAUUUUCUUAUGUGUGUGGCUCUCCUGUGGACGAUUAAUGACUUUCUUGCAUAUGGGAACCUUUCAGGAUGGUCAACCAAAGGCAAGCUUGCAUUCCCUUGUUGCCAUAAAGACACACAAUCAGUUUCCUUACGUAAUAAGUUGUGUUAUAUGGGUCAUCGUCGCUUCCUUCCCAUAAACCAUCCAUGGCAUAGAAACAGGGUGUUAUUUGAUGGGAAAGUGGAAAUGGGGGCUGCACCUUGCCCUUUAACAGGUGAUGAAGCACUUAUGCAAUUACAAGAUUUGGGAAAUGUGACUUAUGGUGAAGUGCAAAAGUGA